CGUCUUCGCCCUAGCAUCCUCCUCCAUUAAAGGGGAGCUCUCGUCUCCUCUGUUUCUCUCUCCUCUGUUUCUCUCUGGUUUUGGAAUCGGAAUCAUUCUCAGAGCAUUAUCUUUGUGUGUGUGUGUGUCUCUCUCUCUCUCUCGCUCUCCUGUGCUCUGUACAGGAAGGAGCGCCCCCUAUUCGUUUAUUCUUUAUCUCCUUUGUGCUCUGUUGGGUCUUUUAGAUUUGUAAAUUAGUAGGGCGAAAUCCGGGCUCUGUUCUUCCCCUGCUUGUUCCUGCAAGCCCGAAUCGUUUCUUCCGUCCCUCCGUCCGCCGGAUCGACAUGGCCGCAGCCGUCCCACUCGACGGCGACCGCGUGGUCAACGCCCUGCAAGAUUCGUCGGUUCCCGAUCAGGAGAAAAUGCCGAUUGCUACAAUGAGCCAUGAUUAUGCUAAUCAUGGAGGGGUUUGUGCGAUAUGCUUGGAGAAGAUUGCGCUCCAAGAAACUGCCCUUGUAAAAGGUUGCGAGCACGCCUACUGUGUGACAUGCAUUCUCCGCUGGGCCUCAUGUAAGGAAAGACCAACCUGCCCUCAGUGUAAACAUCCUUUCGACUUCCUCAACGUUCAUCGCUCGCUGGACGGAAGCAUCCGUGAUUACAUGUUCGAGGAGAGCGUAUGUCUGCUUCUGAGGGCUACAUGGUUCAUGCCACUAGAGGUCCAUUACGAGGACACACAUGAUCCCCUUGAAAACUACUGUCCCUAUGAGGACGAAGUAGAUGAUGAGGAUGAUGAUCUUGAAGAAGCUUACUUCAACAGUCCUAAUGUCCGGAUCGGGAAUAGGAGGUGGGGAGAUAACGGUUAUGUCAGGGCGGGCCGCCAAGAAGCUCGUCCAGUCUAUCGGGCAAACCCUCAAGACGAGGGUGCUUCUAGUUCGUCACGCCAGCCCAAGAAAAAGGAGGUUGCAGCGAAGGAGACGGUCGGGACUGGGAGGCGGGCGAAGAGGGCUCUGAAGCGGGAGGCAGCUGAUAAGGCAGCUGCGGCCAAGCAUCAGCAGCAUCUGGUGAGGCUGGGAAGGAACUGAUUGAAGCGAUCCUCUAGCAGGAGAUGUGAAGAAAGCUCUGAUUUCGACUUACUCUUGUACAUAAGCUUAGACUGCUGUGAAAUAAUGACUUUUUUAGGUGGGAUAAAAAAGAUUAUGCUGUAAAUUAGUUCUCUAAGCAUCAGAUUUGACAAUUCAGACACGGAAGAUCUGGAUUCUUAUGCCCUUUUGUCCCUUUCAUUGGUUGGUGGUAUGCUUCCCUCUGAAUUUGGGAUGCUUCACCACUUUAUUUUUAUGAGACAUUUUGACUGAUGAAUCAA